AAAAGCCCCAACAGGGUGUAUCUGCAGGCACAACCUGUCCCACUGGAUUAAAGAGGAAUUCCUUUGAAUCAUAUGAUUUGCACUGAAAAAGAAAGUAAAAACAGGCCAACAGCAUAAAAACAAGAGUCGUAUGUUUCAGCGUCUUUGUUGGAGUGGAACACUGACAGCAGCGAUGGGGGGAAUACUGUGGUCUCGCCCUGCAGACACCUUUCCUGAGGAUUGGAGGAAAAUACCUAUGAGCAAAGACCAGUAUCUGGACUAUGUAAAGAAUUAUCAGCUUCAUCACGAUGACAUCCAACAGCUCAGAAUUCUUCUCCAUGGACCAAGUGGUGCUGGGAAGUCCAGCUUCAUCAACUCUGUGGACACAGUUUUACGAGGCAGAAUGACUGGUCGAGCUUUGGCAGAUGGGAUUGGUGCGCACAGCUUCACCAUAGAACACAGAACUUUCAAGAUCCAAAAGGAAGAACGAGGGACUUUUUAUCCUUUUGCCUUUGCUGAUAUCAUGGGCCUUGAGAAUGUCAGAGGAGUUAGUGUGGAAGACAUCAAACAGGUUAUGAAAGGACACGUGAGAGAUGGGUACAGUUUCAAUCCCAGCGCAGCAGUAUCUGAUAAAGAUAAUGGCUACAACAAAAAACCCAACCUGAAUGACAAAGUCCAUGUUCUGGUUUGCGUGGUUUCUGCUGAUACAUUAAGUGUGAUGAAUCCAGAAACCAUGAGAAAAAGGAGAGAAGUCCGACUUGCAGCUCGUGAUCUCGGGAUUCCCCAACUGGCUGUUCUCACCAAAAUAGAUGCAGCCUGUCCAGUAGUCAGAGAAGAUGUGAGGAAUGUGUAUAAGAGCGUAUAUAUCAAGGAACUGAUGGAGAAACUGAGUGCCUUCCUUGGUAUUCCACCAUACUGCAUCUUUCCUGUGAAGAACUAUCACUGGGAAAUCUCCCCAGAAGAUGUCAGCGACAGACUGAUACUGAGUGCACUGAAACAGAUGAUUGACUUUGGAAACGACUUCAUCAACAACCACAUGUAGACCUGCUUCCUCUGCUGCUGCAACAAGUCUACUUUAUCUCAGGGUGAAAUUAGACUGUUGUUGGGUGUAACCAGGAAUGUGCAUGAUGAUGAUAUGCAUUGUGCUGCAUUGUGUUUUGUUUUCUUUUAUAAGGAAUGUAUUUGCUAUAAGUUUAUAAGAACAGGCUGUGCUGAAUGACGUUUCAAUUAAAACCUUGACGUGCAAAAAUCA